AUGGGUAAAAACAAAAACAACAAAUGGAAAUCACUUAUCGAACUAGGUGUCCAAGAUAUUCCAAACCAAGGAAAUCAUUUCUCAAGUGAUGACCUUGAAUGGACACCUAUUGGAGUUGGUGGUCAAAUGGACUUAUGUGCUGCAAUCCCUCUUGAAAGGCUCCCUCACUUUGUCAAAGGAGAAGGUUUGUUGGAUAGCACAGAGACAAACUUUGUACGCAAGAAGCAUAGAGAGUCAAAUUCAAAUAAUCCUACUGAUCACACUACCAAGACAUAUUCAAGUUAUUGGUGUGCUUUUGGCCCUAAGGACAAUAGAGAAAAAAUUAGAAAAAAGAAAAGGAUAAGGAAGUUCAUCCAAAAAAGGGGUUGUCAGGCUCAUUUUCUUGUCAGGGUUAUGUAUGGUAGACCAGAUGUUGCUAUUAUUACAUACAAUGAAUUUACCCAUUGUGAUGCUAAUGGUGAAUUUUGUCAUGGAAAGGAUGAUCUUUCUAGUGGUCCAAGAAGCAAUUUUGCACCAAGAUUAUCAAAUGAGUGUAAAUCGUAUAUUGAAACCUUAUUACUAAUGGGUGUGGGGAUUGACACAAUAUGUGAGCAACACUACUUAGAUCAUGGUUUGACUAAAUUGAUGAAUAAGAGGGACACAUGUUUGUUGAGAAAAGAUGUGCUGAAUGCAUGGAAAAGAGUACGCUCCCUUCGAUCUCAAAAAAAUGAAGAUGAUGCAAAAAGUGUAAGCUUGUGGCAUGUAGAGGGGAAAGAUAAUUUUUUCUACUAUAAAAGACCAAAUAAUGUGGAAAAUAUUCCAUUUGUCAUGGGCAUUCAAACACCAUGGAUGCGAGAAAUGAUGGUGAAACAUUCACAUAACUCAAUCAUUGCAAUGGAUUCCACAUUCUCAACAAAUAAAUAUGGUUAUGAGUUAUAUACAUUGCUUGUAUUUGACGAACAAGAGGCCGACAUACCUAUUGCAUGGGCCAUAUCCUCAAUAAAUAAAGUUGAGGAUAUAAAUGAGUGGCUUAUAGAGGUUUAUAAAAGAGGAAAACAGAGUAAAGAAGAUUGGCAUGUCAAUGCAUUCAUGACCGAUGAUGCUAGUGCUGAGAUUAAGGCAAUCAGAUCAUCAUUUAAUUGUCGGAUACUUUUAUGUAUUUGGCAUGUGCGAAGGGCAUGGUUGAAGAAUAUGUAUAGGUAUGUCAACAAUAAGGAUAUUGCAACAAGUAUGUUCAAUAGAUUGGGUGAAAUAAUGUACACAAAGAGUGAUGAUGAAGGCAUUAUUACUCAGUCGACAAAAAAAUUCAUGGAAGAUUUCAAAGAAGAAAAAAAAUUUAUUGAUUACUUUCAAAAAACUUGGUGUCAUGAUGAGAGGCGUAUUGAUAGUUGUGUUCAAUUAGAAGAUCAAGAUGUGGCUGGAGUUGUCAUUGGUGAAGACCAAAGAAUGGAUAGUUGUGUUCAAUUAGAAGAUCAAGAUGUGUCUGGAGUUGUCAUUGGUGAAGACCAAAGAACGGAUGAUUGGAAUUCAUUUGAUGCUUCCUCUGAUAAAUUUCAAAAUUCCGUUCAUUAUUUGAAUUCAUUACUCCAAAAUUUACCAACAAGAGUAGAUGAAAGAAAUAUUUUCAGUGAAUGUGUUGAGAGAUUUAGAAAAGAUAUUGAUGCAUCUCUUUCUUCCAAAUUUACACCAAACCCUGGGUCAGAGAACAUGCCUAUCAAAUGA